AUGGCAACUUCCAAACUUGGGCACAAAAAGUCGGAGGCCGAUCUGGCCAUCAAGAAUGCGACUGUUCACAAGACCGAGCUAACACGAUGGCGGUUGCGAGACGAUAGAGGGCGUCAAACAUGGCAUUACCUACAGAGCGAUAAAGAAGUGAAGGAAUGGCCCUUGACCACUGCUGACAAGUUCCACAUGGGUCUUGACACUGGUCUCCCAGGACUUCCCAAGGCAAAGACACCACAACAGGCCGCACAGAAUGGAAUGAAUUUCUUCUCAAAUCUCCAACUGGAACCGGGUAAUUGGGCAUGCGAAUACGGCGGUCCGAUGUUCCUUCUCCCAGGGAUUGUCAUCACAUGUUACGUGACAAACUUACCCCUGACACAAGCCGAGCAGACAGAGAUGAUUCGAUACCUCUUCAACAUGCAAAAUAUUGGCACCAAGAAUGGCGGCGACGGCGGCUGGGGUCUUCAUAUCGAAGGUGACUCUACUGUGUUUGGCACCGCCAUGAAUUACACGUCUCUUCGACUGCUCGGCGUGCCCGCAGAUGAUGCGCGGAUGAAAAAGGCUCGCGCGUGCCUGUAUUCACUGGGUGGUGCGCUCAACGGUCCUCAUUGGGCAAAAUUCUGGCUGUCUAUCCUCGGAGUCAUGCGAUGGGAUAUUGUGAACCCAGUACCGCCAGAACUCUGGCUGCUCCCGGAUUGGACGCCUAUAUCGCCAUGGAGGUGGUGGAUACACAUGCGAAUGGUCUUUCUUCCGAUGAGUCUGUUGUGGUCUCAGAAAUGGGUCUACCCAAAGGCGGAUUCGGACUCUCUGAUUCGGGAGUUGCGACAGGAGCUGUUCACCGCCCCCCACGAGGAAAUCGCGUGGUCACGGUAUCGGAAUGCUAUCAGUCCGGCCGACAACUACAAUCCUAAGUCCUGGGUCUUGAAUCUUCUCAAUUUUCUCCUCGCGGCCGUCUAUAUCCCUAUUUUCCGGGCCUCAUGGCUAGUCAAACGGGCAGAGCAGUGGGUCUGGGAAUUGAUCUUGAUGGAGAAUGCCAACACAGAUCAUGCUGGCUUGGCUCCCGUCAACGCUCCGAUGAAUCUUCUCUGCUGCUAUAUACGGGAGGGUCCCGAUGCGGAGUCCAUCCAAAAGAUUCGCGCCAACUUGGCCGAAUACUUGUGGAUGUCCAAAGACGGCAUGAUGGUCAAUGGAACGAAUGGCGUGCAGAACUGGGACACGGCCUUCACUAUUCAAGCAGCCAUGUCUGCAGAAUUGGCGCAAAAGCCCGAGUUUCAUUCUUUGGUGCUGAAGUCCCUCGAGUUUCUUGAGGACCAACAGAUUCUGACACACGCGGUCGGCUACGAGAACUCUCCCGCCUACUCCGAUCCUCCGACCCAGAAAACCUGUGCACAAGCCGGCUAUCGUCACGCCCGCCGCGGAGCAUGGGGUUUCAGCAACCGGAUCCAGGGCUAUACCGUGUCUGACUGUACUGCCGAAGCCGUGAAGUCGAUCAUGUUGAUUCAACGUGUGGAAGAUCCGCAGGAUUCGCGAAAGAAACUCUUCCCCGCACUCAUAGAUGACCAACGCAUCAAAUGGGCCAUCGACAUCCUGCUCACGAUGCAAAAUCGCAAUGGCGCUUGCAGCUCGUACGAACCAACGCGAGGUAGUGAGAACCUGGAAUAUCUCAAUGCUGCCGAAGUCUUUGGUCGCAUCAUGGUCGAAUACGACUACCCGGAGUGCACCACCGCGUGCGUCACCACGCUGCACCUCUUCAACCAGCUUUACCCAUCCUAUCGCGCAGAAGAGAUCAAGAAAUUCAUCACUCGCGCUGUGACGUGGAUUCGCACGAACCAGCGCGCGGAUGGCUCGUGGUAUGGUAGCUGGGGCAUCUGCUUCACAUAUGCGGGAAUGUUUGCCCUGGAGAGUCUCGCGUCGCAGGGUGAGACGUAUGCGAACAGCGAACGGGUGAAGAGAGCCUGUCAAUUCUUCCUUGACAGGCAGGCGGAUGAUGGUGGAUGGGGAGAGAGUUACAAGAGCUGCGAGACUAGCACGUGGUGUCAACAUCCGGAUGGGUCGCAGGUUGUGCAGACGGCUUGGGCCAUCAUCGCUCUCCUCGAAGCUCAAUUCCCGGACAAAGAACCGGUCGAGAGAGCUGUUCGACUUCUCAUGCAACGACAGCAGGCCAAUGGCGAGUGGCUGCAGGAAGGCAUUGAGGGAGUUUUCAACAAAAGCUGCACGAUCUCUUAUCCGAACUACAAAUUCAUCUUCCCAAUCAAAGCGCUUGGCAUGUUUGCGGAGAGGCACGGGGAUGGGGUCAUUGCGGGACUUUGA